AUGUCCCCGCAAAACGAAGAACCCAAAACCCUCCGUGUCGCAAUCAUCGGCCUCUCCGCCUCAGCCAUCACCUCCUGGGCAUCCACCGCCCACCUUCCCAACCUUCUCUCCCCCUCCGGCCGCACCCGCUUCCGCAUCGUAGCCCUCUGCAACAGCUCCCUGUCCGCCGCCCACGCCGCCGUAGCCGCCUACCAUCUCGACCCUUUGACCACGCGCGCCUACGGAGACCCUGAAUCUCUCGCGCGUGAUGAAGAAGUUGAUCUAGUGCUUGUGAAUACGCGGGUAGACAAGCAUUUAGAGACCGCGCUGCCGAGUGUGAAGGCGGGAAGAGAUGUUUUUGUUGAGUGGCCUGUUGCGAGGGAUCAGGGGGAGGUUGAGGUUUUGAGGCAGGCGUUGAGGCAGAGUCGUGCUGCGGGGAAGAAGGGGAGGGUUUUGGUCGGGUUGCAAGGCCGGUGGGCGCCGCCGGUGGUGAGGAUCAAGGAGCUGUUGAGGGAGGGGAAGAUUGGGAGAUUGUUGAGUAGUAGGGUGGAGGCGUAUGGGGGGUCGAGGGAUCGGGAGGUGCUGCCGGUUGGGUUGAAGUAUUUUGCGGAGAGGAGGGUGGGGGGGAAUCCGAUUACCAUUGGGUUUGGGCAUGUGGUCGACUUUGUCCAGUCCGUCGUCGGCGAUCUCACUCUCGAGUCCACUCAUGCCCACUUCCAGCUGCAGCGUCCCGACGUACGCAUCCGCGGCCCGGCUCAAGACGACAAGAUUGUCGAGACUAUCACCUCUGACGUGCCUGAUCUGCUGUCCCUCCACGGUUUCACCAACAUCCCCCUUUCCUCCCUCCCGCCCAACGAGCGCAAAAACACGUCCCCUGCCACCUUAUCAUUCACCUUCCGCCGGGGCCAACCCUUCCCCGGUACUCCCUCCCUGAUCUGGACCCUCCACGGCACAACCGGCGAGAUCCGCCUCGUCGCGCCAGCCGGUAUAUCCCUUCAAGCAGACGCCUAUGCCGAGCCGGUGACCAUCCACCUGCAUACUUUUGCAAAGGGAGAUGGGCCUGACGCGGUCGAGGAGGUGAAGUGGGAUUGGACGGUGACUCAGCGGGAGGUUGGAGUGAGAGCGAGGGGGGUGCAGAGUGUGUUGUUUGCUUUUGGGGAUGCUGUUUUGGCUGGGGGUCAUGGAGGGGAACAGGGGAAGAAGGGGUGGGAGGAGAGAGGGUGGGUGGAACUGGAUGAGGCUGCGGAGAGGGCGGGGCAGAUUGAGGGGUGGUUGGAGGGUUUUAAGGGGUAA